UCUCACAGAGCGGAAGCGCGCGUGUGAGAGACGGAGGGACCUGGAGCCGGGAGGGAGACGCUGAUGUUAGGUCUCUGGGGCUCGGCCGACGAUGAACGUGUCGGGGAACUGCUCGGGCGCUGAGGAGCACCUGGUGGAGGUUCGUGUCUUCGCCUCCGUCGCCUCCUUCGUUCUUCUGGCUUUCUUCAACCUGGUGAUCAACUCCAGCAUCCUGAGCGAGGACCGCCUGCGCUCUCAGGCCCGCUUCGUUUUACUGCUGCAUCUCCUGCUCUCCGGGGUUGUCUACUUCGGCCUAAGCAGCUCCUUUUACCUGCUGACCUACCUGCGCGCCGCCGUCUCCGCCACCUGGUGCCUAGCACUACUGCUCGCCCUCAUGGUCGGCGGCUCCUCCAUCCUUCUCACCCUCACCCUGAUGGCUGUCGACCGUUACUUGGCCAUCUGUCACCCGCUCAAGUACAGUGCCUUCUGCGCCCGCCACUCCGUCUGGUUCCUCUGCCCGCUCAUCUGGUUCUGCUCCUCGGUGAUCCCGCUCAUCCUCGUGUCCCAGCAGGCGGGUCCUCCGGCGCAGCAGGGGCCGGGGCCGGGGCCGGCCAAGCGCUGCUCGUCUUCGCACCUCGCCUCCAGCCACAACAUGAAACAGACCUCGAAGAUCCUGCUGAUAGGAGUCUGCACCCUCCUCAUUCUCUUCAGCUACCUCAAGAUCCUGGCGGAGAGCCGGCGCAUUGGGACGCUGAACAGGCGCAACCGGCGCGCCCGCAGCACCAUCCUGAUGCACGGCGUGCAGCUGGUGGUCUACAUCAUCCCCACCUUCAUCACCUUCUUCCUGCAGGUGUUGGCGCAGGCGGGCAAGCUCGACCAGUGCACCCGGGCUCGCUUCGAGGUGGCCAACUUCGCCUUCUUCAGCUUGGCUCAGUGUAUCAGCCCAGUCAUCUACGGCCUGCGGAAGGAGGAACUGUGGGAUCUCCUGUGCCACAAGUACCCCUGCCUUCACUGGGACUUCAAGCGGCUGCUCGAGGGGUUGGUGGCCGUCAGCGGCUGCCUGCGGGGCCCGAGCUGUCUAUGGCGGCGGCCGCCUCCCCCCGCCGACGCGCCCUGGUGAACCAAGCCGGACCUGCAACUUGUAAGACCCCGCUACCGACCCUCCGCAUCUUCCCACAAGGCGAGGGGAGGGGACCCCAGAGACUUUUCCGGGCGUGGAGAGGGAGGCAACCGUUUGGGGAGCCGAUACACCUGCCCCUUCUAACUGUCUUACCAAAAGCUUCGUCUAAACACUUAUGAACAGGAUUACAGUCCGGCACGGUUGUGCUGAAAGAGGCAGCACUCUUACCGCGCUGUCACAAGCAUCCCGAAUGUCUUAUCCUUCGCUGCCCGGCUGCCAGCUCAGGGAAAAGGGACAAUGCUGUCUGAAUUUUCGCACAGGCGCAGGACCGAAAUAAUUGUGUCCUUAUGGGGGAAUCUACCCAGUGCUUACUGCGAGUCGUGGGGUGUUUUAUUUUCGUUUUAUGGCGCCCAAGCUUCAAGUAAACCCCACGCCUCACUCCCGACCGCCACACCAUGGGGAUAUUGAAGCGGUUCCAGAGGAGGCCGUGGGCAGGAGUGGAAAGACUGAGAUCUGGGCUGGAGGGACCAGACCGAAUCUUCACUCGGACCUCAAAUGGCCGCCAUGUGGGACAGUAGGUUUUGCUCCUUUGGCCACAGACCGAGUGAGGAUGUAUUGGGAAAGAACUCCCUCAGAGGGACCCUAAACCGCCGUGGAAGUUAAAUCAUAUCGCUGAACCGGUCAGCUACUAACUUAUUUCGAGAUGAAUUUUGAGUCUUGUCUAAACUGUGGCCUGGCGCCUGUAAAGAGAGAGUUUGUGGUGUUUUCUAAUUAAACUAAGUGUUAAUUUUUA